AUGAAAAAUAACACCAUAUUGACUGAGUUCAUCCUUCUGGGUCUAACAGAUGUCCCUGAAUUCCAGGCGGCAAUUUUCAUCUUUCUUUUCCUUACCUACUUUCUCAGCAUCAUUGGAAACUUGACUAUCCUCAUCCUUACCUUGUUGGACUCCCACCUUCAGACUCCCAUGUAUUUUUUUCUCCGGAACUUCUCCUUCUUGGAAAUUUCCUUCACGAACAUCUUCAUUCCCAGGGUCCUUUUCAGCAUCACAACAGGGAACAAGAGUAUCAGCUUUGCUGGCUGCUUCACUCAGUAUUUCUUUGCCAUCUUCCUUGGAUCAACAGAGUUUUAUCUUCUGGCUGCCAUGUCCUAUGACCGCUAUGUGGCCAUCUGCAAACCCCUGCAUUACAUGACCAUCAUGAGUAGCAGACUAUGCACCCAGCUGGUUCUCUGCGCUUGGCUGGCAGGGUUAAUGGUUAUUAUACCACCAUUCACUCUGAUGAGUCAGCAGAACUUUUGUGCAUCCAACAGGCUGAAUCAUUAUUUCUGUGACUUUGAGCCUCUUCGAGAACUCUCCUGUUCAGACACAAGACUCAUUGAGAAGGUUGUCUUUCUUGUGGCAUCUGUGACCCUGAUUGUCACUCUGGUGCUAGUGAUUAUCUCCUAUACAUUUAUCAUCAGGACUAUUCUGAAGCUUCCUUCAACCCAGCAAAGGACAAAGGCCUUUUCCACAUGUUCUUCCCACAUGAUUGUCAUCUCACUCUCUUACGGAAGCUGCAUCUUCAUUUAUAUUAAACCCUCAACAGAAGGAGACACGUUCAACAAGGGAGUAGCUCUACUCAUUACUUCAGUUGCUCCUUUGUUGAACCCCUUCAUUUACACCUUAAGGAACCAACAGGUAAAGCAAGCCUUCAAGGAUACAGUCGAAAAGCUUCUGCAUCUUUAA